AUGAGUACUAGAAAAGUUGCUGUAAUUACAGGUACAAAUAGUAAUCUUGGAAUAAAUAUUGCAUACCGGUUAAUUGAAAGGGAGAGUCCAUCAACCAGAUUAACAAUUGUCGUAACAUCUAGAACUUUGCCCCGUGUGAGAGAAGUCAUUGAAUUAUUGAAAAAACAUGUUAAGAAAGUUAAUCGUGUAGGGUUAGUAGAUUAUGAUUAUAUUCUUGUUGAUUUCACAAAUAUGGUAAGUAUUUUGAGUGCAUACUAUGAAUUGAAAAAACAAUAUAAAGCCAUCCAUUACUUAUUUAUUAACGCAGCUCAAGGUGUAUAUGAUGGUAUUGAUUGGUUUAAUGCUGUGAAGGAUGUUAUGAUGAAUCCAUUAGAUGCAGUGACUUAUCCAACUUACAAAAUCCAAAAGGUUGGUGUGAAGUCUGCAGAUGGAAUGGGUUUGGUCUUUCAAGCAAAUGUUUUUGGUCCUUAUUAUUUUAUCCAUAAGAUACUUCCACUAUUACAAGAAGGUAAUGCAAUAAUUGUAUGGGUUUCCAGUAUUAUGUCUUUACCUAAAUAUUUAUCCUUGCAAGAUAUGGAAUUACUCAAGAGUAAUGCAUCGUAUGAAGGUUCUAAGAGAUUAGUAGAUUUGGUUCAUUUGGGUACAUAUAAAGAAAUGAAGAAAAUUGGUAUUCAUCAAUAUGUUGUACACCCUGGUAUUUUCACAAGUCAUUCAUUCUUUAAAUUUUUGAAUGUUUUUACAUAUUAUGGUAUGCUAUUCUUAUUUUAUUUCGCAAGGCUAUUAGGAUCUAAAUGGCACAAUAUUGAUGGUUAUAAAGCUGCUAAUGCUCCUGUUUAUGUAGCAACAUUAGCUAACCCACAUUUUGAUAAUCAAGAUGUGAAGUUUGGUUCAGCUACUUCGCUGGAUGGUAUCGAAUAUAUAGACAGAGCGGAUAUUGAUCCUACUGGUAUGAGUGAUGUCAUGGCUUAUAUGAAUACUAUGACUGAAGAAUGGGAUGAAAAAUUAAAGAAUCAAAUUACGAACAGUAGGGUCCCUAUUUAA